CCGCGCGCUGUCUCUAUGCUCCCCCUGCGUCUGGUCUAUUUAUUGUCGCGGGGAAGAAGCGGCCGCCCAGUACCCGGAACAACAAAGCAAGAAAGACGGAGCCCGAGCCUCGGGGGCUCCUAGCAACGGGCCGGGACGGGAGUUCCAUGGAGACUGGGGAGCGCGCCCGCCUUAUCAUCAUCCUUGUCCUCCAGCUUAUCCUUCGCGUCCGACGUAACCGGCAGCAGCGCUGCCGCCGCGUUCUCUGCCGCCGCCCUCUCUUCCCACGGAUGUGAUCUUCGUGGUGGGAAGCUAAGUUUUUAAACUACCCCAAUGGAUGCAGACAGUGAUGUUGCAUUGGACAUUCUAAUUACAAAUGUAGUCUGUGUUUUUAGAACAAGAUGCCAUUUGAACUUAAGGAAGAUUGCUUUGGAGGGAGCAAAUGUAAUUUAUAAGCGUGACGUUGGAAAGGUAUUAAUGAAGCUGAGAAAACCUAGAAUUACAGCUACAAUUUGGUCCUCAGGAAAAAUUAUUUGCACUGGAGCAACAAGUGAAGAAGAAGCUAAAUUUGGUGCCAGGCGUUUAGCCCGCAGUCUUCAGAAACUAGGUUUUCAGGUAAUAUUUACAGAUUUUAAGGUUGUUAACGUUUUGGCAGUGUGUAACAUGCCAUUUGAAAUCCGUUUGCCAGAAUUCACAAAGAACAAUAGACCUCAUGCCAGUUAUGAACCUGAACUUCAUCCUGCUGUGUGCUAUCGGAUAAAAUCUCUAAGAGCUACAUUACAGAUUUUUUCAACAGGAAGUAUCACAGUAACAGGGCCCAACGUAAAGGCUGUUGCGACUGCUGUGGAACAGAUUUACCCAUUUGUGUUUGAAAGCAGGAAAGAAAUUUUAUAAUUCAUCAUGUAAUUGGUUAGAAUCCCUAACUGAGCACCUUUUAAAACCUGCUGCACAUUGGACUCAAAACAAAAGGAAAACUGGACCAACAGUAAUUGAGGAAAUAGACUCUUUUAUUCAUUCACGGCUACAGUGUAAGCUCCAAGCCCUUUGGAUUUUAUUUCAAACCUUGCUGUAAUAUAAAAAGGAAGUUUACAAGACAUGACAUUGCUGCUUUUACAAAAGGACAUUCUAUUUAUUUUCGCAGUAAUUCUCAUGUCCCCGUAAGCAGAGCUGUCACAGUGUGCACUACCUUAAAUUGUUUCGUUAUUGUCAUUAUUUCUUCCCAGUUUGAGCUAAUGUGUUUUAUUUGUGAAUAGUCUUUUACAUUUUUGUAUGCUGAAUAUGGGCACCAAAGAACCUGUAAAAGUUAUCUUUUUCAAUUGAAUGUGCACAAAUAAAAGUUUGGAAAAGA